CAGAGCUGUGGGCUUAGAUGGGACCAAAGCCUCAGCCAGACUCACACACUUCCACAUCGACGGCAGUACUCAGAGUUACUUCCUAGAGUAAACACUGGCACAGAGAGACUCCGUUUAGUGUGUCUUCAACUUUCUUCAACAUCUGUCCUCGACGUAGGCCGAGUCGGCUCCAUCUCAUCUCAGCCGAGAGGGGGCCAGGUGUGCAUGACUGUACCUUGCAACUUUUCAACCCUGGAACUCUACUGUAGAACAUUAUGACUCUUCUGGGCUCAGAGCACUCAAUACUGAUACGAAGCAAGUUCAGAUCAGUGCUACAGUUAAGACUUCAGCAGAGGAGGACACGAGAGCAGCUGGCAGACCAAGGCAUCAUGCCUCUAAACCAUGGCAAGUUCCCCAAGCAAGAGGACUCUUACGCAUUUGAGGAGGACAGCAGCAGUGAGAGUUUGUCUCCAGAUCAGCACCACAGUGAUGAGUCUCAGGGUUCCGCCUGCCCUUCAUCCGAGGUCGUCGGCAGCGCCGCCUCCUCCUCCUCACCUGGACCUGCCGGCACACAGCAGGAGGGCACGACCAGAGACCCACCUGACCAAAGCCAGGAUGAAGGACUGUCUGGAGCUAGCAACAACCAGGCUACUCCCCCAAUACCUGUUCCUGCUGUUGUCAAGGCCAAGACAUCGGACAAGAGCCGCCAUAAGAAGCCCAAAGAUGUGAAGCCUAAAGUGAAGAAGCUUAAAUACCACCAGUAUAUCCCCCCAGACCAAAAGGCCGAUAAGUCGCCCCCACCGAUGGACUCGGCUUAUGCUCGACUCCUCCAGCAGCAGCAGCUCUUCCUGCAGCUGCAGAUCCUCAGCCAGCAGAAACACGCUCACACUCAUUCACAGUCGCAGCAGCACACGGCGCCCAUGCAGGGCCAGGCGCAGCAGCGACAACCGGCCUUCAGUUACCAGCCUCACCCGCAAGCACACAUGCACAAAGGCGCCACUGAGCAGCUGCCAGCUUGUGCCCCCAACUGUCCAUCCAACCCAGGAGACAGCAACCCGUCCUCACCGGUCAAAACGUCAUAUCCCACCCAAAACAACAUCUCACCCGUCAAACCCGGACCCCUGCCACCCAACCUGGAUGACCUUAAAGUGUCUGAGCUCAGGCAGCAUCUUCGUAUUCGCGGCUUGCCGGUUUCCGGCACCAAGACGGCUCUCAUCGAGCGACUCCGCCCCUUCAAGGAUUCCAGUGAUGGAUCCUCCCCAUCGGGCUCCUCCGAUAUCACCACAGUGACCUUCCCCGUCACUCCAGUGGGGUCGCUGUCCUCUUACCAGUCUCCAUCCUCCUCCAGUACCCUGUCCCAGGGAGGCUAUUACCCUUAUCCCAGCACCUCCUCCACUCCACCAAUCUCACCAGCGUCCUCUGAGCUCUCUCUCAGCGGCUCACUACCUGACAGCUUCAGCGACGUCCCCAUGUCCUCUCCAUCACAGUUCGCCCUGCAGCAGCCGUCCCCUGGCCGACUCAGUAUGGGCGAUGGGCUGGGAGGUGGUGGACCGCGGAUAGGGGAGGGUGGCAUGGAAGCAGAGAAAGAUAAAAUGUUGGUAGAAAAGCAGAAGGUGAUUGAAGAGCUGACAUGGAAGCUGCACCAGGAGCAAAGACAGGUUGAAGAGCUAAAGAUGCAGCUUCACAAGAGAAAGCGCUGCUACGGAGCCACUCCGGGCACCGUGGCCCCAUCUCAGUCCCACAAUCCCUCCAUGCACCAUCAGACCAUGAUGGGCCAGCAUUCCUUUGAGGUGAACAUUAAACAAGAACCCAUGUCGCUCUCAUCUAGCUGCCCGCUUUCCUCUCCCAAACACAUCAAGAGCUCUCCAGGAAACUGCAUGGAGGACAUGGCACACUGCAACACCAUGCUCUCCAGUAUGGGGGGCCACUGUGGGCCACAGUGUAUGGACUCUGCCCCGUCCUCUGGCAGCCCGUCCGCCAUGACUGCUUUCCUUAGUCCGCAGGGCUCACCCCAAGACUCCCCUAUCGGAAAGCCUUCCGGAAGCCCUCAGCCUUCGUCUCCUAACAACGCCUACAUGCUGUCACCUCUCGUGGGGAGGGACGGCUGCGGUCAUCCAGAUUCCCACUGCAGCACCAGAGCAUGCAACAUGCAGGUACCUCAUAAGAGUGCGCAGCCCGUCAACUGCUCCUAUCCUUCUGAGCAAAGAGGCGUUCAGGGGCUCUAUUACAACACAGCUGAUUAUGGCCUCACUCAGAAUGGCUUAGUCAAACCUGGCAACCUGAAUAUUCAACCAAAGCUGACCAGAAGUCAGCAGAUGGAUGAGCUUUUGGAUGUUCUCAUCGAGAGUGGAGGGUACCCCAGCCUCCUUGUCCCAAGGUUCCACCGUCACUACGAGCACCAGGCACCCGCACAGCUUCAUUACGACCACCUGGAGACUCUGCUGGGCCCAGCGAGCAGGGGAGGGGAGGGAGCCUCUCUUAAGAUGGCCACAGAGGAGGGACAGCAAGAAGAUGCAGGGAACAGAGACAGCGAAGCGUAUAGCGGCCCCCACGACCACCAACGUCACCCUCACCAUCCCCAACAGGACAAAGUUGGGAUCAACAGGGAUCUGGUGGACACACCCCUCUCCCCACUCAACAAGGGGUCUGCUGUCCCUGAAGUGCAGGGGAUGGUCAGUAUGGCAUUCAGUGAGACGCCAUGGGAGACGAUGGAGUGGCUGGACCUCACGUCGCCAACCUCAACUGCCGCCUUCAACGUCCCGACACCGAGUACGCCCAGCAUUUUCAACACAGAGUUCCUGGAUGUCAGCGAUAUUAACUUGAACUCUGCUAUGGACCUUCACCUGGAGCACUGGUGAAUGCACACAUACCGCCAAAGUGUUGGCUUACUAACAAUCCAAAGCUGAUACGCCGACCUUUUAAACCCCAGGUACCCCGCUGUACUGGGCACAACGAGGCUCUGGCUAGAUUGAUAUAUUUAUCAUAGUUCCAUCCAUCCAUCCGUCCAUCUUCUACUGCUUAUCCGAGGUCGGGUCGCGGGGGCAGCAGGGAAGCCCAGACUUCCCUCUCCCCGGCCACUUCACCCCGCUCCUCCCGGCGGAUCCCGAGGCGUUCUCAGGCCAGUUGAGACACAUAGUUUCUCCAACGUAUCCUGGGUCUUCCUCGAGGCCUCCUACUGGUCGGACGUGCCCUGAAAGCCUCCCCAGGGAGGCCAGAUCCUGACCAGAUGCCAGAGCUACCUCAUCUGGUUCCUUUAAGUGCGGAGGAGCAGCGGUUCUACUCCGACUUUCUCCCGGAUGACAGAGCUUCUCACCUUAUCUCUCAGGGAGAGCUCAGCCACUUUACGGAGAAAUCUCAUUUCGGCCACUUGUACCCGCGACCUUGUCCUUUCGGUCACUACCCAAAGCUCACGACCAUCGGCGAGGGUAGGAACGUAGAUCGUCAGGUAAAUUGAGAGCUUUGCCUUUCAACUCAGCUCCCUCCCGAUGCAGAGUCCGCAUCCCACCGAAUCCUUCUGUUGAUCUCGCGUUCCAACCUUCCCUCACUCGUGAACAAGACCCAGAGGUACUUAAACUCCUCCACUUGGGGCAGCAUCUCAUUCCCGACCCCAGAGAUGGCACUCCACCCUUUUCCGGGCGAGAACCGUGGACUCGGACUUAGAGGUGCUGAUUCUCAUCGCAGCCGCUUCACACUCGGCUGCGAACCGAUCCAGCGAGAGUUGCCAGAAACAUGUGCCUUCAAAAUAACUAGUUUGGAGGUACGGACUGGGAAACACAAUGUGGCCGUAGCUUGAGUCCUUAGCUAAUCAAAACAAAAAUGAAGUAUUUUCUAACGCUAGGAUUAGGUGCUCCCAAUGUGGUGCAUUUGGAGACCCUCGUUCACACUUGCUUUUCAUUCACUCAAAGCAAACAAAGCACCAUGGCUUCCUGACACUAUCUCAUGUUUCCACCGCUGAAACCAAGAAAAACAUCCAAAUGGUAAGUCAUUAGGAGAUUAAAAGUUGAAAUUAUGACAUUAAAAUGUCAUAAUUAUGAAAGUUUGUCAAAAAAAAGUCUAAUUAUGAGAUAAAAAGUCUAAAUUAAGACAUUAAAAAGUCAUUAUUAGGAGAUAAAAAGUUGAAAUUAGGAGAUAAAAAGUCCUAAUUAUGACAUGAGUCAUAAUUAUGAAAUAAAAAUGAAUAAUUAUGAGAUAAAAAGUCAACAUUGCAAGAUAAGCAGUCAUAAUUAUGAGAUAAAGUCAAAAUUAUGAGAUUAAAAAGUUAUAAUUUUGAAAUAAAAAUUCAUAAUUAUGAGAUAAAAGUCAUAUUUAUGAGGUAAAGUCAAAAUUAUGAGAUAAAAAGUCAUAAUUAUGAGAUAGAAAGUCAAAAUUCUGAAAUAAAAUGUCACAAUGAUGAGAUAGGAAAGUCAUAUGAGAUAAAAUCUGAGCAUGUGCCGCCUUCUUCACGAGAGCCUUCGUCACCUGGCACUCGGCACAUGCGCAGUUUGUAGCUCAUCAUUUCGACUUUUUAUCUCAUAAGUAUGAAUUUUUAUCUCAUAAUUUCGGCUUUUCAUCUCAUCAUUCUGACUGUUUACCUUGUAAUUUCGAGUUUUCAUCUCAUAAUCAUGACUUUUUACUUCAUAAUUUUGACUAUUUAUCUAAUAAUUAUGACUUUUUAACAUCAUAAUUUAGACUUUUUAUCAUAAUUAUGACUUUAUGUCCUAAUUUAGACUUUUUAUCUAAUAAAUUUGACUUUUUGUCUCAUAAUAAUGACUUUUUAAUGUCAUAAUUUUGACAUUUUUAUCAUAAUUAUGACUUUCUUAUCUUAUCAUUUACACUUUUUAUCUAAUCAUCUUGACUUUUUGUCUCAUAAUUCUGAAUUUCAUAUCUCAUCAUUUACACUUUUUGUUUAAUAAUCUUGACUUUUGUCUCAUAAUUAUGACUUUUUAAAGUCAGAAUUUUGACUUUUUUCAUAAUUAUGACUUUCUUUACUUAUCAUUUAGACUUUUUAUCUAAUAAUCUUGACUUUUUGUCUCAUAAUUAUGACAUUUAAAUGUCAUAAUUUUGACUUUUUAUCAUAAUUAUGACUUUCUUAUCUCACCAUUUAGACUUUUUGUCUAAUAAUCUUGACUUUUUGCCUCAUAAUUUUGACUUUUUAUCAUAAUUAUGACUUUCUUAUCUCAUCAUUUAGACUUUUUAUCUAAUAAUCUUGACUUUUUGUCUCAUAAUUAUGACUUAAUAAUGUCAUAAUUUAGACUUUUUAGCAUAAUUAUGACUUUCUUAUCUCCAAAUUUAGACUUUUUAUCUAAUAAUCUUUACUUUUUGUCUCAUAAUUUAGACUUUUUAUAAUAAUUAUGACUUUCUUAUCUCAUCAUUUAGACUUUUUAUCUAAUAAUCUUCACUUUUUGUCCUAUAAUUAUGACAUUUAAAUGUCAUAAUUUUGACUUUUUAUCAUAAUUAUGACUUUCUUAUCUCGUAAUUUACACUUUUUAUCUCGUGAUUUUCUACCUCACCUACCUUACCGUUGGGAUAUGUAUUUCCUGCCAGUGGCGGAGCUUCCAUGUGAUUGUUUGUCAAAUAAAGACAUGAAAGUAAGACGCCCACGGUUUCCGCUGCUCCGUCAUGCAGGAGUUCCCAGCACAUCAGUGUUUCUCAAUGCGUCCGUCAUCAUGAGGCGUUUAUGCAAACAGCCUAACUGGCUGCCUGCGUUAGAAGAGGCGAUCAGGUGUGGACGUUUGCCCCUUUAAGUUCUAGUGGUCUGAGUUGUCUUCUGCUUUCCUAAAAUUGGUUUUGCUGAGCUUUUAGCUGACGACUGUUGCGUUGCAUAUAGUUUGACACCAUGGAUAUAGUGAGGAUGACUACUGAUUAUUAUCACCACAGCAUCAUAGCCAGAGCCUGGUUGCCUCCGGUUUUCGUUACCAAAGGACAGAAUGGUUGAGCACAGACUACUCCAACGCCAAACCAUCCUGAUUUGAAUCAGCACAACUUUAUGGAUAGCUACUGUCCGUGUAUUCUAUCAUAUCCAAGAAGAAUGUUGAAACAUGUUUCUUGCAUUGGUAACAAAAGUAUAGCGGAACCUCGGUUAGCGUCCUUCACGGUUAAUGUCAAAAAUGUAUGCUAGUUAGCGAGAGUUAGCUACAUUACGUCAUCAGACUGUCAGAAAUGUUAAUAAUGUUAAUAAUUUUUACAGUUUUACAUGCAUAAAACAAUUCUAAAUGCAUAUAAAUGAUGAAUGAAAGGGAUAAAUGAACAUUUAAGUUUAUUUUUUAGACGUGACUGUUCCCAAAGACACGAUGUGGCAGCGAGAUCAACCACCACCGCCUUCCUUCCUGUUUUCAGUCAUGUCAACAAUCACGUCUUCAAUGAAGGUUACAGAAACCUGAAAUGUUCUUUUAUCCCUUUCAUUCAUCAUUUAUAUGCAUUGCAAAUUGUUUUCUGCAUGUAAAACCGUAAAAUCGUGUUUUGUGUUAACAUUUUUGGCUUUCUGGAACGCAUUAAUUGGAUUAAAUUAUUUCUGAUGGGAAAAAUUUCUGACGAAUUAAUGACGCUAACCUACGACAAAGUAUUGUCUCGUAAAUUUAUGAGAAAAAAGUCGUAACAUUAGGAGAAUAAAGUCGUAAAUUUACGAGAAAAAAAGUCGUACAUUUAUGAGAAUAAAGUCGUAAUAUUACGUGUCAUACGUGUCUGAGGGAAAUUUAUUUAUUUACAACGUGGCAGCAAAACAGAGCAGUUAGGCGCCAACACUUCCGCCCUCCUUACCCCGCCCCCUCCACAUGCCCAAGGCCAACGGUCGCACACAGCGUUUCCCCCCCUUCUCAUAGCUGUCUCGGGCAAUGCCUGUCACAUAAAGUUACAAGUUUUUUUCUCGUAAGUUUAUGAGUUUAUUCUCAUAAAUUUACAACUUUUUUUCCUCGUAAAUUUACGAGAAUAAAGUCGUAAAUUUAUACACAAAAAUCUUUAUACGCAAAAUCUCAGAUUAUUUUAAUACUCUGUCGCCUGAGACAGCUAUGAAAAGGGGGGAACUCACGUGACCUUUGGCCUUGGGCAAAAGUAAUAUUACGACUUUUUUUCUCAUAAAUUUAUGAGUUUAUUCUCGGAAAUUUACAACUUUUUUCUCGUAAAUGUAUGACUGCACACACGAACUCCCCGAUUAUUUCAAUACUCUGUCGUAACAGGCAUCGCCUGAGACAGCUAUGAAAAGGGGGUACCUAUGUGACCUUUGGCCCUGGGCAAAGGUAAUAUUACGACUUUUUUUCUCGGAAAUGUUCAACUUUUUCCAUGGAAAUUUAUGAGUUUAUUCUUCGUAAAUUUACGACUUUUUCUCAUAAAUGUACGACUUUAUUGUUGUAAAUUUACGACUUUAUACUCCAAAUCUCAGAUUAUUUUAAUACUCCGCCAUAACAGGCAUUGCCUGAGACAGCUAUGAAAAGGGGGUACCCUAUUUGACCUUCGGCCUUGGGCAAAGGUAAUAUUACGAUUUUUUUCUCGUAAAUUUACGACUUUAUUCUCGUAAACGUACAACUUUUUUUCUCGUAAAUUUAUGGGUUUAUGCUUGUAAAUGUACUACUUUUUUCUCGUAAAUUUACGAUUUUUUUCUCUGAAAUGUAUGAGUUUAUUCUCGUCAAUUUCACAACUUUUUUUCACGUAAAUUGCCGUCUUUAUUCUCGCAAAUUCACGACUUUAAACACAAAAACUCAGAUUUCUUUUUUUUCCGCGUGGCCCUGAUACUCCGUCGUACUAACCAAGGUUCCACUGUAUGUAAACCAAAACGUUUGUAGCUUGACCAAAAUUUAAAGGGUGUAUGUCACCCACCAUUUGAGUAGGAGGCUUUUUGUAGGAUGAAGUAUUUUUUUUGGGCAACAUACAAGCAAAAUAAAAUACACUGAAUAUUCUCCAGACACUAAAACUACAAGCGUGCUUUUUACAAUACGAUUUCUAAAAUGUUGGCAAACAUUUGAAAGUGUCGUAGUCUGUUUGCGUGACUGGAAAAUGGAACUCCAAAGUGAAUUGGACUGCUUCGUUGUGUACAUAGAUCCAUUUUGUUUGUAUCCUGAUUAUAUCUGCACUGGGAGAAAACAAAAGUUAACUGAAGACGCAAAUGGGGUGUAACGCAACAUGACUCCAUCGUUGAAUGUAGAUACGAUAUGAACCAAACUCACUGUGCACCUUUUGCCUAACCGAUGCAGUAUUUGUCACGCCACGCUUUCGGCUUCUAGAGUGUGUGUGUAGAAAUGGCUGGCAUUCUUUUGAGGGACCUUUUCUUUUAUGAGCUCUUUCUGUUGUUUGGGAUAUUUUACUAUAGGGCGGCAUUAUUUGAAAUAAUGCCUUUGACAAAUUGUUGAUCUUUUAAGUGGACAAAAUUGUGAAUAUGACCAAAAAAAUGAAUGUGUGUGCAAAAAAAACCCCAAACAAAAUGAGAUUCCCAUUUCUGCUUUUAGGCAAAGACUUAGAGACAUCUAAAUCAUAUGCAGUAUUUGAUCCGUACGUAUUUUCCCAAAUGUACAUUUUUCAUCUCUAUUUUUCUAACAAAUACUUUUGUCCUAAAAAAAAAAACAAUCUUCACCCUUUUUAUCUCCAGGCCAAGUCCAGUUAUUUAUUUGGUGUAUUAGUGUUUGUACUGUUUCAUGUAUUUAUACUGACAUUCCUCUCUGUAGUUGGCGAUCGGGGCUUCUUACGGACUGAAAAGGAAACUCCAGUGCUGCAAAUUGACCGCGGAUGUUUGAAAAUGUCGUGCAAACUGAAGUUACCACUUUGAAAUGAAAGCUUUUUCUUAACUUUCUCCUUCAUGAAAUGUCCAGUACUAGCACUUGUGAAUAAUAAAUGUAAUAAUAAUGUAUAACGUUGACACGCUUGUCUGUGUACUCCUCACCUGGUUGCCGCCACGCACGCGUGACACCGUCUGAAGCACACACGUUUAUCUUGGUGUCAUCAAACCGCAGGACGAUGGUCCAGUCAGCCAUGUCCCUAACUGUCUUCAGCUGUCUUCUUGUCCCUCGUCUUUAGGAUUCCUUCCGGGACGAC